AACAGUGGUGGUAGUAAUAAAACAAAAGUUAUCACUAACCAUUUACAUUUGAACAUCUUUUAUUAAAUUAAUUAUCUUGAGCACAAAAUGCACGAUAAUGUCUUAUGUGAACGAUAAUGUUGGUGAGAAUAACAAAACUACGCUUCACAUGAAUCUUGGAGAAAAUUACUGCCGUUUGUUCCAUCUUCUUUUUGAAGUAUUGUAUUUUUUAGAUUUUAAAGUUUUCCUCACAAAUUUCUCCUUGAUAAAAGCAAAAAAUUACCGACAGUUGUUAAAAAAAUAGAAACAGUAAGAGGAAGUAGUCAGUCAGUUUUAGAAGGUGAAACACAGAAUCUCUCUUUCGGCAACAACAAGAACAACGCCAACAAGAACAAGAAGACUGACGAUUUCCAUUUACCCACGGAAAGAGGAGAAUCUGUGUACUUGUAAUUAUUCUUUUAGCAUUAAAAAACUGGGAACUUUAACAGGAUACAUCUAUACUUAUAUAUGUCAUAAUAGAAAGGAAUAUAACUGUGAUAAAAUGAUGGUCGAUUUAACCUCUGAAUGCCGAAAUAAACAUAUGAAUCACCAUACUGAUACCAAUCCUAGUGGAAAUACUCAUAUCGGCACAAAUAUAUCUGACGACUUGUCAUCACAUCCUACUUUACUAUCUUUGUCAUCACAACAUCAAGUGCCUAGACAAGAGUUACACGGGAGUUAUUCAACAAAAAACCUUCAAAAUCACCCCUAUCCUCUUACUUCUGUAUUUCAUAAUCCUUUAAAAAACCAAAUACGUGACUACGCCAAAUCAGAAGCAUUAAAACAAAUCUCUUGCACAAGUAAAAUUAAAAAUAAUAAUAAUAAACCUACUAAACUAUUCCAAAACAGUGUCGACAAAUGCCCACUGGACAUACUCAACCAUCAUCAACACCAUCCGCAAACGAUUUCAUUUUGCUCAAACUUUUCUAAAUCACAGUUAAAUAAUCAGCGGAAACGUAUCUAUGCCUUCGGAACGAUAAAAUCUAAAACCUCCCUACAACAACAUUCAUCAAAACGCAUGAAAAGAUCGAAUGGCGGAAGUCAUGUGGAUUUACGAUUGAAACUCUUCAAAAAUCAGUUGUCUGAUCCAAACUCAUCCAAAUUCACAGUACCCAACAACAAAAAGAAUCAUCCAAUAAAGAUACAAGCACCAACAAAGCAAAUCGAUAGUCGACAUUCGAAUCAGAAAGGAACUAAACCUGGCGAUAGCCUUCAGCUUAAAAUGAAAGCAGAAGAAAAAGUCAAUACUUCUAUUUUUCUUGAAAUUGACACAUCUUUCCAUGUGAAUAAUUCAAUCGGUUAUAAAAAGACUACUGAUAACGGGGAUAUUCGUAGUAGUCAUCAUUUAACGAUGGAGUCAUUAGAAGAGAUAAAUCAUAGGCAUGAUUUAAAAAAUAUACUUAAGAAAACGUAUGAUGAUGGACAGGCAUCCUCCUCCUCAUCAGCGAAACAGACACCGAUGAUGUCUUCUGAUGAUUAUAACAGACUAUUCUACAAAUACAGUAAUAAUAAUCACUGUCUGAUACAAGAGCAUAUAAAACGGAAAUUACAGAAGUUAUCUACUUCACCAAUAGGUGAUACUUCACAGUUCAGUUGCUACUCUUCAGAGGUUAACAAUGAUAAACCAUUAGAUUUACGUAAUCCAUUACAAUUGCCGUGUAAUAUCUUAUCAUCGAGGAAUAAUACCUCCGAUGAAAAUGUUGAUACAAGGAAUUCUUUACUGAAAAAUACAAAUUUAAAUGAAUUUUGGUCAUCCCUUUUUAUCUGGAUGAAUAGGAAACGAAAUGAACAGAGAGAGAAUAUUCAGGUGCCUCAACCAUCCUUAACAUCAUCAAUUCUGUCUACAGAUCAAAUGAAUUUCAUGACUCCAAAUAAUAAUAAUAAUACAAACACACCAUAUUCUAAUUACCAUCAAAUACCAAAUCCUCAAACUGAUUUUAGUCAUUUAUUUUAUUCACAUAUGUCAUAUCCUCCUUCAGUGAUACCACCACCAGGAUCAGCCCCGCCAUCAUCAUCAUCUGUUUCAGAUCCAGCAUCACCUGUCUUCCCAUCUCCACCGUCUACAGCGAAUUCUGGAAAUAUUUUUAUACCCUCCGGUUAUUCUGUGAAUCCUCAUCACCCCCAUCACCACCAUCCGACAGCUUCUGUUGUCUAUCCAGUGGCAGCAGCUGCCGCUGCAAUGGCUGUUGCUACUGCUGUCGCCGCUGCCUCCUUCCAACCGGUUUCGUCAUCCUCCUCCUCUUGUGAUCAGCUCUAUUCCACAAUAUCUUCUUCAAACAAUGGUGGUGGUGGUAAUACAAGUGUUAAUCAACCUAUUGGUGGUGAUUUCACUUCUCAAUGUACACGAAACAUCUUACAGCAUAAUAAUAAUAAUAAUAAUAUCGAUUUAAACCAAGGCGAAUCCGUCUCUCCAUCAUCGUCUUAUACAAAUUCAAAUUUACCUGGAUCCCAUCUAUCUGUUAGCGGUUAUCCGGAUAUUAUUACUCGAGCAUAUCCUCUUACAACCUCAUCUACGCAUAUAAUGGAUCAAUGUCAGACGUCGUCUUAUGAUUCUGAUGAUAAACAUGGAAAUCAAUCGAUUUCUGAAAGAAUCUUGGAUCAUCAUUUAUCGAAAAUGAUCAACAAAGUAGAAGCGGAGGAAGAAGAGGAAGUGGAAGUCGAAGUAGAACACCAGCAGCAACAACAACACCGCCAACACCAUCACAACCAACCACAACACCAACAAAUGCUUCUACAUCAAAACAACAAAAAGAAAUAUCUAGACAGUAUUGAAUUUCUUAAUCCACGUAUUCUUCCACCUUCAGAAAGUUUAGUUGUCGGUCGUCUAUCCUUAGAUAAUCAUCAAUUUGCGCAAAGAUUCUCCUCAGUGUCAGCCGCAUCACUGUUAGACAGUUAUGCUGUUCACCCGAAUUUACAUCAUACAGAUAACAGAGAGAUGAAUGAACACAUAAACAGCAAACAACACCAGCACCACCACCAACACCAAGAACUUUCGAAUGAUGAAUUUAUGCAAUUCCAUAAAACAUUCCAAUUGGGGAGAUCAUAUGAGUCUAGUAAUAAUAAUAAUAGUAAUAAUAAUGGUAAUAAUAAUCCGUUGAUUAUGACGUCAUCAAAACUAUUUCACCAUGAUGAAAAUCUAAUCUCGAAUGUAUCAAACCAUCUAUUGCUGGAGAAUAAUCAUUGUCAAUCUGCUGUCGUUAAAAAUGCCACCUCUGUCACAACUAACACUGACGAUUGCAUAAAUAAUAAUAAUAAUGCCAGUAAUAAUAAUAAACUGUAUUCAGAAUCACUCAAAUCUUUGAGUAUGCCAAUAUUUAAUAACACCUAUUAUAGACAGCUGAAUUCUAUGAAUACAGACCGUGAAAAGUCUACAGAUCGAAGCCAUUCAGAUACUACUAAUACUCCUGUUAAUAAUAAUAGUAGUAGUGGUAGUAGUAAUAUGUUGUUUAAAACGGAGGAUAAUUUGUCAGAUUUCCCGUGUAACUCUGCAACAACCACAACACCAACAACAUUACUGUCUAAUCGAUUAAAAGAGAAUGAUAGUUCAAAUAUUACAAUCAUGAGUGGUAGCAGUGGGAGUGGGAGUGAGAGUCGUAGUAUCGGUGGCGGUGUGGGUGCUGUCGGUGGCAUUAUUCCUUCUGUAAAUACUGUCAAUUGUGAGUCAUUGAGUGUAUUGACACGGGAUAUGAUGAGAGCUUAUUUAACAGAUAGACGGGAUCAAGUAUUGAUUAUUCUUCAUGCAAAAGUUGCACAAAAAUCUUAUGGGACAGAAAAACGAUUCUUUUGCCCACCUCCGAGUAUAUAUCUUCGUGGAGAAGGCUGGGGAUUGCCUGUGGGUGGAGGUGGUGGUGUUGGUGGACAAACUUCUCGUAACGAAACAAAACUAGGCCAUAAUCAUGAACAUAUAAUGAGUCAAACAGAUUUAAUGAGCUACUCAACCCGAAAUAAUAAUAGUGGUAGAACCUAUCCUCUUGAAAAUAAUACUUCAACAAGUCCAACAACAAUUACUCCAAUUCCAGGACCUUCAACAUCAUCAACAUCGUCGUCUUAUUCACGAGAAAAUUCUCAGCUCCUUGCCUUCAUGGGUAUCGGUGGGUCAACUACUCCAAUGGAAAUGGUUCAAAUGAAUUUAGAUGAUGGACGGGAUUAUUCUAAUGCUAAAACAUUAUUCAUCUCGGAUUCAGAUAAACGUAAAUACUUUAUGCUUACAUUGAAAAUGUUUUAUAAAAACGGGAAAGAUUUAGGCCAAUUUCAUUCAAGGCGUAUUAAAGUGAUAUCGAAACCAAGUAAAAAGAAACAGUCGUUGAAGAAUACCGAUUUGUGUAUUGCAUCUGGUACAAAGAUUGCCUUAUUCAAUCGGCUACGUUCACAGACAGUUAGUACAAGAUAUUUACACGUGGAAGAUGCAAGUUUUCAUGCAAGUUCAAGUCGUUGGGGUGCAUUUACUAUCAAUUUAUUGGCUGAUGAUCAAGAUGAAGCUGAACAAUUCACUGUACAAGAUGGUUAUAUACAUUAUGGUCAUACAGUGAAAUUAGUCUGUUCUGAAACUGGUAUGGCAUUACCACGUUUGAUUGUACGCAAAGUGGAUAAGACGACUGUCCUGCUAGACGCUGAUGAUCCAGUUAGUCAACUACACAAAUGUGCAUUUUAUCUAAAAGAUACAGAUCGUAUGUAUUUAUGUCUUUCACAAGAUAAAAUUGUCCAACUGCCAUCAACACCAUGUGAUGAAAAUCCACUUAGAGAAAAGAUAAAUGAUGCUGCCGCUUGGACAAUUAUUAGUACAGAUAAAGCAGAAUAUCGUUGGUUUGAACCAGCUCAUUUACCAAAUACCUAUAAAACAAUCGAUGGACAGAUUAAAUCAAUUACACCACCACCGUCUAGUUCAUCUAUUAUCCCGAUAACACCUGUACCUGUUGUACGUGAUAUGCGAGUAAAUGGUGGCGGUGAUGUUGCUAUGCUUGAGUUAAUUGGUGAAAAUUUCAGUCCUAGACAUCAAGUAUGGUUUGGUGAUGUACCAGCGCAAACAUUUUAUCGAUGUGAAGAAUUAUUGUUGUGUUUUGUACCAGAUAUAUCGGAGUUUCAUAGAGAUUGGACAUUUAUACAAAAAACUUUAGAGGUGCCAAUUAGUUUAGUUCGACAAGACGGUGUUAUCUACGCCAGUGGAUUAACAUUCACUUAUCAUCCAGAAUCUGGACCGAGGCAACACUGUCAACCAGCUCUUGAUAUUAUACGUGCAGCAAGUCUAGCAGCUGCAGCGGCUGUUGCUGCCUCAUCGAACUCUUUGCCUACGCCAACAAAAUCAUCAUUAUUAUUACCAGAACAGUGUUGUUCAUCAUCAUCUAGAUCAGGUUUAUCCACAUCGAUUGAUUGCAAUACUGACAAUACUACUAAUAACACGAAUAAUAGUAGUAACAUUGUUAAUAAUAAUAGCAAUAUAUCCCAUCUACAACAUAUUGAUGGUUAUAAUUUCCCACAAAUCCAUAAAGAUUCAAUGUGCCUUGAUAACUCGUUUCUAGUUUCAGUAACUACCGCCUCCUCCUGCUCCACGUCUUCAUCCUCGUGUUCAUCCUCGUCAUCCUCGUCAUCUUCGUCAACAUCACAAAUGAUAAAUCGACUAAUGAAUAGUAAUCCUAAUCGUACUAUUGGUUACUAUGAUGAGAUAUCGUCUAAUCAUCGACGAUCACAACCGUUUCAUCCACAACAACAUUACUCCAUACUACAAGACCCACAAUCACAACAACAUACAACAGGUAUUGGCGGUGACUCUCAGGAACAUCAUAUUUUACGAAAUAGUAAUCUCAUGAACGCUACUCCUAAUACUCCUACUACUAAUACUAAUAAUACAUCCUUAGGAAAUAAUACUACAACAGAUUGCCCAUUUUAUAUUCAAGUGAAUACAAGUUGAUGAGUUCCUUUGGUUUUUUUUUUUAAAUUCCCAGACAUACUCAUACAUAUUACUACUACAGGGAACGAUAAGUCUUUCUUUACACACCUCUCCAUCUGCCUCUUUCCCCUCCACACGACACCACCAUCCCGACUGCCACUGGCUGCUUCCACCCACCACUACCCUUGUUCUUUUAAUGUUCAAAGCAGUAUGUGUUGUAGACCAAUUUUAUUUCUUCCUGAAUAUUUUUCGUUGUAAAAAUAAAGAGAGGAAACGGAACAGAGUGUAUAAUAAGAUGUGAGUGUAACACCUACUACCUACGUGGUGCGGUGCAGCGUUACAGUCAAUCUAAAUUGUGUUUUUGCACAAUAUUACACAGCUUACUACUACUAGUACUACGACGACGACCCCAUGACGAUACUACUUUGAGCUGUUCUUCCUUCCACCUUAUCCCUUGUUUCUUUUUUUUUUGUUAUAAAUAUACCCCCUAUCCCCCUAGACCUUCCCUACUCCCAGCCCCACCCCACCCCACCCCACCCCACCUAACAACAACAACAACAGUAUACAUAUAAAUAUUGUCAAAGAGUAGAGACGUAUUAACAAAUUUGUUACCCCUUAUUCUAUACUCACUACUGACUUCUUUAUUCCUUUUUGUGUAAGUAAAUUAUUUGAGACUUUCUACUUUAUUUAUAUUAUAGUGUGCGUGUGUGUGAGCGGGGUAAAGUUUAUAUAAUGCACACACACAGUUAAGAGAAAUUCGACAACAAUAAAAGAAUAAUUGUACUGAUCUCGUUUCUUUUCCGUUCACAUUCUUUGCACUCCGAGUGACAGGUUUCAGUUGCAAUGAUGUGUUUUUUACGGCUGCUAGUU